UUUUGGAGUUUUUGUCUCAACUCUCGAUGCUGUAAAUAUUUAUAUAACCCUAUAAAUACUAUUAGCAUUUUGAGCUUAUCAGUUCUUCGCAUCUCCAAACAGAGCUAACAACGGAAGCCCAGUUUGUUCAGCUUUGAGAGAGAGAGAACGAUGGUGAGAGCUCCAUGCUGUGAGAAAAUGGGGUUGAAGAAAGGUCCUUGGACCCCUGAAGAAGAUCAGAUUCUCAUCAAUUACAUUAAACUCUACGGUCACGGCAACUGGCGAGCACUCCCAAAACAAGCUGGUUUAUUGAGGUGUGGAAAGAGUUGUAGACUUCGUUGGACAAACUACUUGAGGCCAGACAUCAAACGAGGGAAUUUCACCAGGGAGGAAGAGGAUACCAUAAUCAACUUACAUGAAAUGCUUGGUAAUAGAUGGUCGGCAAUCGCGGCGAGAUUACCGGGGCGAACAGACAAUGAAAUUAAAAACGUAUGGCACACCCACUUGAAGAAGAGGCUGAAGCAGAGCCAUGGCUCCAAUGACAACAAGCGACAAGGCAUUGAUUCAUCCAAAGACAUCAAAAAAGAACAAGAACCCGUGAAUUUUCUAAGCCCUGUAACUGAUAGCCCCGGAUGCAGGCCAGUUUCCUCACCAGAAUCGAGCAGCGAGGUUUCCACAGUAACGACAAGCGAAAACAAUAGUAACAUGUGCAUGAAGUUUGAAAAGCAUGAAGAUUUCUCUGAAAUCGAUGAGAACUUCUGGUCAGAGGUAUUGUCGGCUGAUAAUUCAAGCAUGGCCAGCGAUUUUCAAGUGGUUGGUUCUGACCUUCAACCUCAGUACUUUCCAAGCUCCCCACUAGCAACAUUUGAACCAGUCAAUGACUAUGGUUCAAAUCUGUAUGAUAGUGAUACUAACAUGGAUUUUUGGUAUAAUCUCUUCACUAGAGCUGGGGAUUUACCAGAACAACCAGAAAUUUGAGUAGUAAUAAUCAAUCUAUCCAUCACGUUAGUUGUAACUUUUUUCUUUUUCUUUUCAAUUUUGAACCUCAUUUUUCAGAUUGGAAAUGAAGAUAAAGACAAAAAUAAAUAAUAAUUUUGCCGCCUGUUGACCAGUAUAAAUGAAAUCAGUAAUGUUCAACGA